AUGAGGCAUUCCUGCAGCGUGGUGGUGGUGGCAUUGGUGUGGCUGGUAGUCGGGACAGCGUCUACACCUGUCAGACGGUCGCCGGACCUUGAAGCGAGACGACGAAGCGCAAUUGACCGAAGCCUUAUCAGGUUUGGCAGGUCAUACCCACAAGAACCUACAGCAGCGGACAUCAGAGAAGCAUUCGAGCGUCCUGCUCGCCGUGGCAACGCUUUUGUUCGCUUUGGCAGAACCCAACCUAUCGCCCUCACUGCUGACGACCUGCUUAACCUUAUUAAGUCUUACGACGAAGACUACGAAUCUAAAAGAUCACCAAGUUUCAUCAGAUACGGUCGUGAUCCCAGCUUCAUUCGUUUUGGAAGAAUUGCCGACGACAAGGGAAUUGAACAAGGUACAGAGUUGGUUGUAAAUGGAUAUCCCCAAAGGAAAAGUAGGGCUCGAGACCACUUCAUUAGAUUGGGAAGAGACAGUGAGGAAUUGGAUGACGUGGAAGAGAAGGAACGGAGGAAGAGGUCCACGGAGCCCUGCCAUGACUGCCAGUAAUGUGUUUGGGUUGUGACUUUUCAAUGACGCGCUUUUUAACUCUAUAGUUUGAGAUUAUAUCACGCAUUACAUAAAAUUUUACUGGCAGGGACCGAAAGAGGUAAACCUUAUAGGCUUUUUCAGCGCGUGCAAAAUUUAACGGUGGGCGCAUGCAGACAUGAUUUAAUUUAAUUUAUUAUUAUUAUUUUUUCGGUUACCGGAAUCUGUCCUUUGACCU